AUGGAGACAGCUGUUAACGUUGAUCUUUCCUUUAUUGAGUCUCGUCAAAAAGUGAUACGAAAACUCAGAUUUUAUGAAGAUCAAGCUGUUCUCCGGACACAGGCAUGCGCAAUGUACCCAUCCUCCUACUCCUCCCCGACUUUACCUAACCCUAACCCUAUUCCAUCUUCCUACUCCUCCCCGACUUUCCCUAACCCUAACCCAUCUUCCUACUCAUCCCCGACUUUCCCUAACCCUAACCCAUCCUCCUACUCCUCCCCGACUUUCCCUAACCCUAACCCAUCCUCCUACUCCUCCCCGACUUUCCUUAACCCUAACCCAUCCUCCUACUCCUCCCCGACUUUCCCUAACCCUAACCCUAACCCAUCCUCCUACUCCUCCCCGACUUUCCCUAACCCUAACCCUAACCCAUCCUCCUACUCCUCCCCGACUUUCCCUAACCCUAACCCUAACCCAUCCUCCUACUCCUCCCCGACUUUCCCUAACCCUAACCCUAACCCAUCCUCCUACUCCUCCCUGACUUUCCCUAACCCUUACCCUAACCCAUCCUCCUACUCCUCCCCGACUUUCCCUAACCCUAACCCUAACCCAUCUUCCUACUCCUCCCCGACUUUCCCUAACCCUAACCCUAACCCAUCCUCCUACUCCUCCCCGACUUUCCCUAACUGA